AUGGAUACUUCGCAUUGUGCGGAUCCUGGCGCAAAACAAACUCAUCAACCUCAAGGCCAUGAAGAGCAAGUGGCCGGAAUAAAUUUUUAUAAAACAGGUCAAGGAAAAUCGGCUAUUGUUUUAUUUACUGACAUUUUUGGUUAUACUUUUAUCAAUACUCGAAAACUAGCAGAUCGUUUUGCUAAUGAUACUGGUACAACAGUUCUUAUUCCUGAUUAUUUUCAUGGAGAUCCAAUGGAUCAUAAUAUACCCAAUUAUAGGGACUUGUUACCUGAUUGGCGAAAAAGACAUCCAGUAACUGAGGCAUGUGAAAUUGCAGAUAAAUUUGUUUCAACUAUUAAAGGACAUUAUGAAUCAAUUCAAGUAAUCGGCUUUUGUUAUGGUGGUAAAGUAGUAGUUUAUUUAAUAAUACAUCCAGAAUUAUCAUCAACAAUAAAAGCAGCCAUAGUGGGACAUCCAUCAAUGUUAGUGAAAGAAGAAGCUACACAAAUACGACGACCUAUUCUUUUUCUAUGUGCAGAAACUGAUCCUCUUUUUACACCGGAUAUUGAAGAAUACUUUGAAAAAGAAUUAACUACAAAUGGUCUUGGAAUAUUUCUCAAAUAUCCCGGUACUGUUCAUGGUUUUGUUGUUCGACCAGACGGAUCUCCUCAAGUUAAUCAACAAAGUGAAAAAGCUAUUCAAGACGCUAUUGCAUAUUUUAGAAAGAAUAUAUAA